ACGUAGAUUGUGUCGGGGAUCUUUAAUCCUCUGCCGCAGCAGCACAGCCGGUAACCGGAGGAGGGGGUAGCAGCACGGUCGGACAGGAAUGGACCGAACAGGCUAGGCUAGCCUACAGCAAGGCCGAAAUAGCUCGGUCUUUUAGGUAGAUGAAAAUAUCACCGAGGAAAAAGCGAGAUUUAGGAGCAGAACGAGCCGACUAAUCUGCACAGGCCGGACCCCCUCCUCUCUGCCGCUACCUGAAGCCGUUUCACUGACAUUCUGCUUUUAAAGAAACGGUGGUUGUAUUUGUUUUUAAAUCCAUGUAGUAGCUUUAUUUAAAAGGCACAUUUCGGUGUCGAUUGACCGGCAGACGGAUCCGACGCCUCGUCUUGUCGGUUUUCCUUCGCCCCGGUUCGCCCUUCAGCAGCGUCGCCGCGUCCGCGCUGUUCCUGUCAGCUGCUGCGCAUCAGCAAAACAUGCAGGAUGAGCCUGUGGGGGUGACAACCACGCAAUUACCCCCGUCAACCGACGAAAAGGACAGCAACAGCAGCACGGUCAGCAAAUCCGGAAACCGACCGAGCCAGAGCGACAGGCAGAGCUGCCAGCUGAGCUCAUUCAGUCCGGAUUAUAAACAGAACCGGGAGGCAGCCUAUACCGACUUCAACCCAGAGCGUUUUAUCCCGACGCAGCAGCCUCUCUGUGACCUUCAGCACAACCGGAAAAUACAUCAGCAGUUCAGUCGGCACACCGACUUUAGCCCCUCGGAGUCCCCCCCACCCCUGGGACACUUGAGUCACCUGCCCGAGCAGCGCGCUGCCGACCCCCGCAGCUCUCCAACGGAGGAGGCUGAAGCUGAUGCUGCGUCGCCAUCGUCCACUUCCGUGAAUCCAAACAGGCUCCAGAUGGACUCCCCCAUCGCCCACCAUAUCAACGGCAAUGGCAGCAGCACCGGCAACAUGUUGUCCGGAGGUCUCAGCGCCGCCUUCCCGAACCUCCCCACCCAGGAGCUGCAGACCAGCGGCGUAGGCGGCUCGUCCUCACCUUCCCUCCCCGGGUUCGGCACCCCCUGGUCCGUCCAGACCAGCUCCUCACCCCCUCCCGCACCCAUCAACCCCAUCCACGCCAACACCAUUAACCAGAUGCCCAACGCGGACUCUGACAACAGCUUCUACCCAGGUAUCCCCUCCUCCAUCAACCCGGCCUUCUUCCAGAGUUUCUCGCCGGUGUCAGCUAAUCCGUGCGCCGGGAUUAACGUGCAGGGCUUCAGCGGUCCUUUCUCGCCACAGAUCAACGUCCCUCAGCAGCCGCAGAGCCGCAGGUCCCCGGUCAGUCCGCAGAUGCACCCCCAGCAGGGAGCCUACCUGCAGCAAAGGAACAACUACAACCAACAUCAGCCAAUGGUGAAGCCCUCUCCAUGGGGCGGUCACCAGGGCAACGGCUGGGGCUCCGGGGGGAUGUCCUGGGGCCGGGACCACCGCAGAGGGAGUGCCAUGGGCGUACCUGGCUCAGUGAGUCACGUCUCCCCCCUGAAGAAGCCCUUCUCGGGCAACGUCAUCGCUCCUCCCAAGUUCCCACGCUCUGCAGGAUCACUGGGGCCUAAGUCUUGGCUCGAGGAGAACAUGUUCCGCACAGACAGCAACAGCAACACCUUGUUGCCCCUACAGGACCGGCCCAGAAUGUACGACAGUCUGAACAUGCACUCCCUGGAGAGCUCUCUGAUCGACAUCAUGCGAGCCGAGCAGGAUCCGAUGAAAGGCCGUGUGGGAUGCCCUAACCCCGGGGCUGACGGCCUGCUCAUGCUCAAUGCCAGGAGCUAUGGGAGACGUCGAGGCCGCUCCUCGCUCUUCCCCAUCGAUGACCAUCUCCUCGACGACGGCCACGGCAACCAGGGUGUCCCAGGAGUCCUUGGCUCCCCGAACUGUUACCCCCACCAAAAUGGGGAGCGCAUCGAGCGCUUCUCUCGUAAGGUGUUUGUGGGAGGUUUGCCCCCUGACAUAGAUGAAGAUGAAAUAACCUCAAGCUUUCGUCGCUUCGGUCACCUGGUGGUGGACUGGCCUCAUAAAGCAGAGAGCAAAUCCUACUUUCCACCCAAAGGCUAUGCGUUCCUGCUGUUCCAGGAGGAGACGUCUGUGCAGGCUCUGAUUGAAGCCUGCAUGGAGGAGGACGGGAAGCUCUACCUGUGUGUCUCCAGUCCCACCAUCAAGGAUAAACCUGUGCAAAUCCGACCCUGGAACCUGAGCGACAGUGACUUUGUGAUGGACGGAUCUCAGCCCCUUGAUCCCCGCAAAACUAUCUUUGUGGGAGGCGUCCCUCGCCCCCUGAGAGCAAUUGAGCUGGCCAUGAUUAUGGAUCGUCUGUAUGGUGGAGUGUGCUACGCAGGAAUUGACACAGAUCCAGAACUGAAGUAUCCCAAGGGGGCGGGGCGAGUGGCCUUCUCCAAUCAGCAGAGUUACAUCGCUGCCAUCAGCGCCAGAUUCGUCCAGCUGCAGCACGGAGACAUUGACAAGCGGGUGGAGGUGAAGCCCUACGUCCUGGAUGAUCAGCUGUGUGACGAAUGUCAGGGUGCACGCUGCGGGGGGAAGUUUGCUCCCUUCUUCUGCGCUAACGUCACCUGUCUGCAGUACUACUGCGAGUUCUGCUGGGCCAACAUCCACUCCCGCGCCGGACGAGAGUUUCACAAGCCGCUGGUCAAAGAGGGAGCCGACCGCCCGCGUCAGAUCCACUUCCGCUGGAACUGAAGACGGCGGUCGAAGACACAGUCCGAGGGAAGGGAAAAAGAAACACUGGCUAAACAGGAAGAGCAUCGCUCUGCCUCUCCCGCUCUCCUAAGCUAUCAGUAUAAUCCAGUACGUAACACUAUACAGUAUAUACUAUAUAUAUCGAUAUAUCUUUUGUAGCAGCCAAACACCACAAGCCUCAGUUUUUCACCAAAACCCCCCGUCACAUCUCAGGCUCUGACAACUCUACAACUCUUUUGUGGUACUUUCAUCUUUUCUAAGAGGAGAUUUAAAAAAAAAAAAAAAAGAGAUUGAUUUUUGUAGGUUUUUUUAUUAUUAUUAUUUUUGUAUGUAAGAUUUGAAGUAGAUAUGGGAAUGUUUUUUGCAUGGGGGCAGCUCGUCUGUCUGUUUGUCUGCUGCUAUAGCCACCCCACAGUGCGUGCAGUGCACACUUGUUUCUGGGAAAAACCUUGAUUCUCUAAAUGUUGACGCCUGCCCCAGGUCAUUAACCAAAGGUAGCAACAAAAAUAGCAUAAAAAUUGACACGUUUUUCUGCCGCAAAACAAACGGUUGUUUUUUAGCGUUGCCAUGGGCUCUUUCUUCUUUUUCGAGGGUUUAUUAUUAAAGAAAGACGAUAGGGUGAUUUCUGCGCUCGUACUGACCCCAUUGAGUGAUACCUCAAAACACUGAAUCUGGUUUCAGCAACAUUUAUACCUAACAAGCUAUUUUAGAAGCUUUGCUGCUAUAUAUGAAUAUAUAUAUGAAUCAUUGUGUAGGUAUUAUAUUUAAUGCCAUUUAUAAACCAGAAAUCAUGUGAAAUGAAAUGCAGUAUGCACUCAACCACUAAUGGCCCCCCAUUGCCAUGGAAGGUGCAUGUGAUGACAAUAGGUUAGCUAGACAAAUAGCAUGCAGGAUAGAUGUGUGAGAGAGAAACAAUUUAACCACUGAAAUCAUAAAAUUAAUUAAAUUUAGUGAGUAGCAUGACCAUGUAUUCAAAAAUUGCCUACGAGGGAAAAAAUCAGACAAAUAAGUAAAAAAAAAAACUAUAAAGAACUAUUUAAACUUGCAUGCAUUGAUGUUUAUCCGUUGUUUGAUCCGUUUACAUACUUAACGGUUUAAAAAAAAGUGAUAUUAGUUCUACUGUAGUCUUAGCAGACGCCAUCUUUCUGUAACGUGAUGGCUCGUAUGGCAAAAAAAAAAAUCCUGUCGACAAGCAGAGUGGUGUUCAGUGGUUUGUGUUUGUGUCGUCCCCCCCCCACCCCCCGUGCUGUGUGACUGUUUUUUAUCUUUAGACUGAGGCUCUAGUUUAGUAACCGACUGAUGACGUCGUAGAGAAUUCAAAACACCAUAAUGACUCUGCCUUCAACCCUUUCCUGUCUCUGUAUAGUUCCAAAGAUUCAAUCUGAUGUAGCGUUGCCCUGGCUGGACAGGUUCAAACUAAAGACUUGAUCAGGUCGAAAAAGGAAAGGGAGAUUGUUUUAAAACUUGGGCACUAUUUUUUCACACGUUGGGCUUUAAGUGUCUAAAGGUUCAAAAUGGAGUUGCUCCAAUAGAUCGCUUUAGCUCGCAGUCGUAACACUGGCUGUAAUUGUUCAACUGAAUCCUUGCAUGCAGUUGAAGUGUGUCCACUCAAAGUUUCUGUUUCUGCCACCUUCUUCUAAGUUUCUGACAGCAUGAUUUAAAGGAUACCUUCAGAGAUAGACCUUUAUUGAAUAAUGUUUUUAAAAAACAGAAACAGACAUUACAUUGUUCUCUUCAAAUCAACCAAACUCCAUUGACAAAAAGUAGUAAUUCAGGAGGUGCUGGUCUACUCCUGCCUCUGUCUUUGUGUGUCAGUGUGUGUCAUUGUGUAAACACCAAAAGACACACAACAAUAACACGGACAAACUGACUAAGUUUAGGCAGCAGCAGUUCAGCAAGUUGUACAAAUUGAAAUUAGUGGUUUUGUCAAGGAAGUCUGGUGGCUUUUAAAGUGAACAAUGUGGCAGCUGUCAUUCCAUGAGAUCCCAUUUUAUUAUAUAACAAAAUAUUCAGUCUCUGUUGGGAACAUUUCCAUCAUUUUGUUAGUCACUUAGAAUACCAGUGUGAGUCUGUCAGUGACUUAAACGAGCCCUUUCAGUGGAUGUACUUUGGUCUGUCAUUAAAGCCUGUUUUGCUGCUGACAUCUAAAGCUAUCGAGUCAUUUAGACCUCAAACACACAAAAUAGAGCUCGAGUUAGGAAUUCCCAAUUCCCUGAACUGCUUAUUCUUUACAGACUGGUUGAAGGAGUCCAGGGAAACUCGACUAGAGUUCACCUACUGAACGACCUGAAUAUCAAUUACACUUAAUAUAAAACUCUUCUUUUUUUCUUUGUAUCGUUUGUCUGUUGGAUUUUCACCCUUGAAUUUCUCUUAGAAAAAACUUUUUAGGGACAAUCUUUUUUGUGCGGACGGUGACCCAGCCGUCCGCUUGGUACUGUAAACGUGCGUCGCUCUCGUGUCGUGGUGGUGUUUGUGCUCCACGGCGCCCCCGCUGUGUGCUCCUCUGUGUCGAUGUUCGGGCAUCAAAGUGUACUGUUACAAAAAACCUUAAUGAAACUUAUUUACUUAAUAGUUGAGUCCAAUUUGUCUGUGUCAACUACUUACCCAUCACUGGCCCUACACUAUGUUUUUUAUAAUAUAUAUUAUGCACUACUUUUCUAUAUGCCCCCCCCCACCCCACCCGUUUUAACUCCUUAUCCACCCCCCCAAGUGAUUUCAGUGCAGAAGCCUCCACCUAUUUAUAAUUCUACAGAUGAUUUAUUAAAUUUUUAUUUUUUCAUGAUUACUUAUUUAAGAUGUAGCGUGAAGCAGUGGUCUUAAUUUAUCUAUAUAUUCUGUAUGAGUAGAGCAGGAAUCCAAUAUGUUCUAAUAUAUUCUGAUGUAGUCUGGAUGUUGUGAGGACGGGGAGUCAGAGCGUGGAGAUUACACACCCAGCUCCCGUCGUCCCCCCUCCCCUCCCCUCCCCCCCUGUGGCUUUACGUUCUCAUGAUGCGAACAUGUUUGAAUAUCGUCACCUGUAACACUUGACUCGUGCUGUUUUAUUGUGAGGUUCUAUUUUCUAUGUUGAACACUGUUACUUUGUCCUGUGCGUGUCUUUGUUUUUGUAAAAAUCAUAUUUAUUUCACUAUUUUUGUAGACAAAAAAAAAAACUAUUUGAUUUUGAUUGUAUUUUUCUAUUUAAAUAGGACUAUUAUACAAUUUAUUCCCCCCCCCCCCCUCCUUCUUGUUCUUGUGCUAAUUACGCCCAAAAGUUAUGUUGGAAGACAAAGAGUCCCGUCAUAAACAUCAAAGUUUUUGAUAUCUUCUUCUUUUGAUACACACUGAUGACACAUUUCAUUUGAAGGAAGGAAACAUGAAGGUUUUAUUCUAUUCUUGGAAGACACUUGAGAUUCUCCCCUGUUGCAUCGAGGCCUCGGCUGCCUGUCCUCAUAGAUGCUCUGAAACUUGAAUAUAACACAUUUUGAAAGGCUGACUAACCUCGAAUCUGUGUUGUGAUGUGCAAUACUGUUUCUAAUGUUUGUAUAAAAGUAAGAACUACAGUGUAAACCUUUUUAAUGCAGAUUUAUUUUUUUCAUUGCAUAUUUUGCAGAUUUCUGAUCCACAGUGUCAUUUUUUACUGUCAGAAAAAAUAAAACCCCGUUUUUUCAUUGCAACUAUUUUUAAAUCCAGAUAUCUUUGUACUGAUGUAAAUGAUUGUAGUUAUUUUGGAUAGUGUUUUGCUAACAAAAGGAGAGACUUUUUCAUGCAUAUUUCUAUUUCAUUUCAUCUUGUUUUAUCCCACCUUUUGUUUCAUUUAAUAGUAGCAGAUUUUCUUGGAAUAAUUUUUUUUCAUAUUUAAAUGUCAUUGGUAUUAUUUUGUAUUUUUAUGUGGAAAUACACAAUAUAUAAAUUUAAAAUGCUAAUUGCUAAGAUAUUAUUUGAAGUUUAAUUAUUUUUAAAGCUAAAUAUUUGUAAUUUUAUUGUUAAAGUGACUAAUUUCUAAAUCAGAGUUUGUGUAUAGAUUCACAAAAAAAAGUGGUUUAUGAGGUGUUUGGAUUGUAAUUAUUACUGAAUGGUUCUUUGAUAUGCAAAUGAAUAUCAUGUUUAUUUUUAUUUUUGUUGGUUUUGUAUUUAAAUGGGGUGUUGAUUACAAUCUUUUUUUUUCUUUCACUUCCUGAAUAAAGACCCAUUCUGUUUGGACACAA